UUAAACUGUCAGACAUUGAGCUGGACCGACAUUGCAGAAGACUACCGACUGACUGGUCUACAAAUAACCUUGCUUCAUAAAAAAACUACUCAUUAUUAUUUGUAGAUCAGUCAAUCGUUCACCAUUUACCCACAAUGCAUCAUGGACGUGAUGCUCUCAAACACGGCCAUGGACUUUAAAGGCUAAGACAUGGUUGAAAGUGCAAACAAUUUCUGUAAGUAUUUGUCUUGAGUACGCAGCUGUCACAAGCCGAAUGAAACAGCUAACGUGGAAUCGUAGCCUAGUGUGUAAGUGGGGGUUGAUGUUGUAGUAGUCUGUCUCAAGGACGUGGAAAUAGCAAGACAAACUCCAGUAGCGAGCGAGAAGGGGACUCGGAUGAAUUGUUAGCUAACGUUACGGAUAGCUUAGAGUGGAUAUCAAGUAUGUCUUGACUACAAAAUACUUCUCAACAUAUCCACCGCAGUACACGAUUUUCAGGCCUCGUCCAAUGGAAGAUGGUGUAGCUAGUUCCAUAAUCUCUAAAACUCAUCUGACAGCUACGGCAAAAGGGGGAUAUUUUCUCGAUUGAAGGGAAUAUAUGGGAUCGCAAGUUCUUCCUUCACCUUCAGGUAGACCUCCUCUCCCAAGUACUUUUCCUGUAGGUGGUGGUAUCCAGGGAUGGCUACCAGUUUCAUCGGAUGAGAUGAGUGUGCGCGGGGGGCAGGGUAGUGACGAGGUGCUGGUGUCCCAGGCGGUGUGGGACUACCUGGCUGCCGCUGGCCAGCCCUGGCUCAUAGACUUUCAGGACAAGCAGGGCUUGAGCGCCGGCAUCAUCCGCCGAGGUGAGCGGGGAGGCUGCUGUGCAGUGCGGCUACGCCCCGUAGAGGGAUCCCCUUCUGGGGGACGACCCGGGAUGAUUGAGGAAGGACCCAUCUCCAACGAGACCCGCAAGGCCUUCAUAGACUUAUGCCGCUGCGCCCGCAAAGAGAUGAGCAAACAGGAUGGGGGUCCUAAACGGAAGAGGUCCCUGCUGCCCUGCGUUGGGUUGGGGGUCCUGGAGGGGGAUGGAGAGGGGAGCCUGCUACCACCUCAGCCUCCCCAGCCCAGACGCUCUCAGAGGCAGCAACAGAGAUAUAAGAAGCCAGCGGAGGAAGAGGCCUGUGUGGUCCUCUCCAACUCCACGUCCCACAACGAAUUCGGACAGAGGAAGAAGGACAACAUGGAGGUCAGCUGCAGUAUGAUGGCCUCCUCUCAUAACCAAUCCCACAGUGAGGCAGACGACUACACCUCAUGUUCCAUCUGCAUGGGUGACAUGGUGGAGAGGACCACGCUGGAGAGGUGCGGCCACGCAUUCUGCCGGUUGUGUCUAGACCAGGCCUUCAAGGUGAAGAGAGCGUGUCCUGUGUGUCGUCAGGUGUACGGCCAGCUCAUAGGGAACCAGCCGGCUACCGGGUGUAUGAUGGUGGAGAGGGACCCAGAUCUGGAGUUGCCAGGACACGCGGGUUAUGGGUGUAUCUGCAUCAUCUACAGCUUCCCCCCUGGUUUACAGGCGCCAGAGCACCCUAACCCGGGGGUGAGGUACCCUGGGACGGACCGCGUGGCUUACCUCCCAGACAGCCCAGAGGGGAACCGGGUCCUGGGCCUGCUCCGCCGGGCCUUCGAACAGCGCCUCAUCUUCACCAUAGGGACCUCCAUGACCACAGGAAUGCAUAAUGUCAUCACCUGGAACGACAUCCACCACAAGACCUCCUUAUGGGGCGGACCACACUGCUUUGGAUACCCAGACCCCACUUACCUGGUGAGAGUGACCGAGGAACUCCGAGAGAAAGGCAUCGCUGCAGACUGACCGUACAGAUUCUAGAAUGAUUAUUCUAGGAACAUUUUAGGAACCUCUGGCUGCCCUGCUGCUGCUGGUGGUUGCUAGGCUGCAGUCUCCUGGACCUAGACCCAGCAGAGCAGCGGAUGAAUACGAGAUGUGACUGGGCCCCACAGCAGCCACAGGAGUACGGCCCAGUGGAGGCCCACAUAUCCCUACAAGACCACUUGAUGGGGUGACUCCUACCUUCCACUUCAGUCGAAUUUUCACUAAUCAUGCAUUGAUGUCAAUUGGAGACCAUUUUGACUUAAGUGGAAGUGAACAUUUAUCUAAAGUGGAAUUUAGGAUUCACCCUUAUGUUCCUAUCCUCGUUAUCUAUCUUCCGAGUUCGGCUCAACCCAGCAGCACUUUGUGUUGAAGAAAACAUACAAAUGAGUGCAGUGCAAUCUCUGUGUGAGCUGUUUUUGGCUCCACUCAUCCAAGUAUUUAUCAUAUAGGGAUUCAUAAUGUGAAGGUACAUACUACUUAAAUAUUAUUUUUAAACCUACGUUCAAAGAAGAGUCCUAUUUUGUCUGUUAUAUUUGUUUAUUUCCACGCACAUUCUUUAUCUACCUGUUAAAAACACAUGAUUUGUGCUCUGUCCAGUACGCUCUUAGAAUAAUACUAUUUUUGUUUAUGUAAUUAUGUUAAUAAUAACCUGUUAUUUACACUGUAUUAAGACAGUACUAGAGAUAGUUGGUGGCAGGCAGAAUACUACUGUCUGUUUCAAUAGAAAGCUCCUAAUGAAAUAAUUAAAUUUCUCUGAAAGGAGUUGCACUCGAAGGCACUUUGUCAAGGAGGGAGGGAGUCCGUCAGUAGUUCAGUCACUGUUGGAGGGGGAGUUGUUCUCUGCAUAGAAUAAGAAUUAUCCUUUUGAAUUAGAAUGAUCAUUCUAAUUCUGUGGUUCUCUGCUUCCACUUCAGGGAACUGGUAGAUGGAAGAAUGCUCUGAACAAAGCCAGGCAGGCGUUAGUCGUUAGCAGCCGUGAAGCUAAUAGCCUGGUAGCUAGAAGUUGAUGUCAAUUUUCUUGGAGCCCUUCAUUUCCCUUUUGAUCUUCCUCUCCUUUGAUUUCUUCUCCUUUUUACUUAAAUAGGAAGAAUGUUUUCUAUUUGAUGUCUCUCUGCUGCACCGUUCUGUUCUAGCAGAUGAACCAGGAAUGUCCAGAUAGACUGACUACUAAGUGUGAGAUUCAUUGUCAUUCCUGACCGUCCCUUGCUCUCUCUCUCUCUCCUCUCUCCCCUCGGCUGUUUCUCUACUCUAAGAUGUUACCCCUCCCAGGACCAGGCCCUGUAUUCACAAAGUGUCUCAGAGUAGUAGGGCUGAUGUAGGAUCAGUGUGGCCUUUUCAAUCAUAAUGAAUGAAUAGGGACCCUGAUCCUAGAUCAGCACUCCUACUCUGACAAGCUUAAUGAAUAGGAGACCAGGUUCUGAGUUCAGUUUGAUUUCCAGUCAGCCAGCCAAUCAGUCAGCACUCCUCAUUUUGUAAUAACCAGAUUUACUUGAUGAUGUCAAAUAAGGAGGGCGUGAUGUCGAACCACUUAAACCAAAUCAAAUGCACAAUAGGCUGUAUAUUUAAUACCUCUGACCCUGGCUGAAAUGGCACCCUAUUCCCUAUACAGAGUAAAAGUGCCCAUAGGCUUCUGGUCAAAUGUAGGGCACUAUAUAGGACUCUGGUCCAAAGUAGUGUAGGGAAUAGUGUGCCAUUUUGGAUGCAAGCCCUAUCUGUCCAGGAGACGUUUGUUUGACGAUUGUCUCAUAAAUAAUGAGGUAUCUAUCUGCUGUAAUUCACAUUUGUCUUCUACAGGAAUAAUCUAGGAUUAACAACAUAGGUACCUGUAAUAUGAAAGUGUUGAGGAAAAUCCUGCAGUCCCUUACAGCGGUAUUGCCAGUGAGGUAUUUAGUUCCCUUGUUUUGAUACAUUUAUCAAAAGGUUAGCGUGCCUAUAUUCUAGUCAAGUUUGAAGACAGUGGAUCAUGUGGAUAUUAAUUCAUGAUAAGCAUGUUCUUUUAGUAGACUGUCUUAAUUGUUAUUUGGAGGGUGAGACUCAGCAGCGUUAUCUGGCUUUCUACCGUUUUUGAGUAUAUAUAUAUAUAUAUAUAUAUAUAUAUACUGAUGUGUAUCUGCAUGAGUUUUUCUGUGAUAUGUCAGAUGAAAGCAGUCCAACGACGUAGCCUCACUCACAAAUGAUCAAGCUCUGUGUGUGAGUCAUUUUGCAUGAGAAAAGGAUGCCUAUAGAUGGUGCAGUUCUCUCCAACCAUGUUCCUGGAGAGAUACCCUCCUGUAGGUUUUCACUCCAACCAUGUUCCCGGAGAGAUACCCUCCUGUAGGUUUUCACUCCAACCAUGUUCCCGGAGAGAUACCCUCCUGUAGGUUUUCACUCCAACCAUGUUCCCGGAGAGAUGCCCUCCUGUAGGUUUUCACUCCAACCAUGUUCCCGGAGAGAUACCCUCCUGUAGGUUUUCACUCCAACCAUGUUCCCGGAGAGAUACCCUCCUGUAGGUUUUCACUCCAACCAUGUUCCCGGAGAGAUACCCUCCUGUAGGUUUUCACUCCAACCAUGUUCCUGGAAAGAUACCCUCCUGUAGGUUUUCACUCCAACCAUGUUCCUGGAAAGAUACCCUCCUGUAGGUUUUCACUCACACCCCAGUUGAAACUAACCUGAUUCAGCUCAUCAACUAGCAAUUUUUUAAAAAUCCGGUGUGCUAGAUUAGGGUUGGAGUGAACGUACAGAACGGUAGCUAGAUUAGGGUUGGAGUGAACAUACAGAACAGUAGCUAGAUUAGGGUUGGAGUGAACGUACAGAACGGUAGCUAGAUUAGGGUUGGAGUGAACGUACAGAACAGUAGCUCGCCAGAAACAGGGUUUGAGAGUCCUGGUCCAGUGACUCUAGUCUGUUACCUUCUCCUAUUUAUUUGUCUGCAGUCAGAUGAUGUAAAAGAAUAUAAACUCAGCAAAAAAAGAAACAUCCUCACUGUCAACUGCGUUUAUUUUCAGUAAACUAAACAUGUAAAUAGUUGUAUGAACAUAAGAUUCAACCACUGAGACAUAAACUGAACAAGUUCCACAGACAUGUGACUAACAGAAGUUGAAUAACGUCCCUGAACACAGGGACACGUUUGUAUCUGGUGUGGCUACCAGCUGCAUUAAGUACUGCAGUGCAUGACCUGCACCAGAUUUGCCAGUUGUUGCUGUGAGAUGUUACCCCACUCUUCCACCAAGGCACCUGCAAGUUCCCAGACAUUUCUGGGGGGAAUGGCCCUAGCCCUCACCCUCUCAUCCAACAGGUCCCAGACGUGCUCAAUGGGAUUGAGAUCCGGGCUCUUCCCUGGCCAUGGCAGAACACUGACAUUCCUGUCUUGCAAGAAAUCACGCACAGGACGAGCAGUAUGGCUGGUGGCAUUGUCAUGCUGGAGGGUCAUGUUAGGAUGAGCCUGCAGGAAGGGUACCACAUGAGGGAGGAGGAUGUCUUCCCUGUAACGCACAGCAUUGAGAUUGCCUGCAAUGACAACGAGCUCAGUCCGAUGAUGCUGUGACACACCUCCCCAGACCAUGACGGACCCUCCACCUCCAAAUCAAUCCCGCUCCAGAGUACAGGCCUCGGUGUAACGCUCAUUCCUUUGACGAUGAACGCGAAUCCAACCAUCACCCCUGGUGAGACAAAACCGCGACUUGUCAAUGAAGAGCACUUUUUGCCAGUCCUGUCUAGUCUAGAGAUGGUGGGUUUGUGCCCAUAGGCGACGUUGUUCCCUGUGAUGUCUGGUGAGGACCUGCCUUACAACAGGCCUACAAGCCCUCAGUCCAGCCUCUCUCAGCCUAUUGCGGACAGUCUGAGCACUGAUGGAGGGAUUGUGUGUUUCUGGUGUAACUCGGGCAGUUGUUGUUGCCAUCCUGUACCUGUCCCGCAGGUGUGAUGUUCGGAUGUAUCGAUCCUGUUCAGGUGUUACAUGUGAUCUGCCACUGCGAGGACAAUCAGCCGUUUAUUUCCCUGGCCACAUCUGCAGUUCUCAAGCCUCCUUGCAGUAUGCCUAAGGCACGUUCACGCACAUGAGCAGGAACCCUGGGCAUCUUUCUUUUGGAGUUUUUCAUAGUCUGUAGAAAGGCCUCUUUUUUUUCUUUUUUUUUUAGUGUCCUAAGUUUUCAUAACUGUGACCUUAAUUGUCUGUAAGCGUAGUGUCUUAACUACCAUUCCACAGGUGCAUGUUAAGCGUGGGAAACAGUGUUUAAACCCUUUACAAUGAAGAUCUGACAUUAUUUGUAUUUUUACGAAUUAUUGUUGAAAGACAGGGUCCUGAAAAAGGGGCAUUUCUUUUUUGCUGAGUUUACUAGGCCCAUACAUUCAUUAAAUAUCCCUUUCCUUUGCUAUAUACAGUUGAAGUUGAAAGUUUACAUAAACCUAGGUUGGAGUCUAUUAACUUCUUGACGCACCCUUCCCAUUAGCGGGAUAAUUUUCAUCAACACCCGCUUAAUUGCAGUGCGCCAAAUUAAAUUACUAAAAAUAUUUAAUUUUCAUGAAAUCACAAGUGCAAUAUAGCAAAACACAGCUUAGCUUGCUGUUAAUCCACCUGGCAUGUCAAAUUUCAAUACAGCUUUUCGGCGAAAGCAUAACAAGCGUUUAUGUAAGAACAUCUCUCUCAGUAGACAAAAUAUUACAAACACCCAGCAGCCAAGUAAAUUGGUCACGAAAGUCAGAAAAGCAAUAGAUUACAUUGCUUACCAUUGAUGAUCUUCGGAUGUUUGCAUUCACGAGACUCCCAGUUACACAAUAAAUGUUCCUUUUGUUCCAUAAAGAAUUUUUAUAUCCCAAAUACCUCCAUUUGGUUGGCGCGUUAUGUUCAGAAAUCCACAGGCUCGAGCGGUCACGACAUCGCAGACGAAAAUUCCAAAUAGUAUCCGUAAUGUCCACAGAAACAUGUCAAAUGUUUUUUUACAAUCAAUCCUCAGGUUGUUUAUAAAAUAUAUAAUCGAUAAUAUAUCAACUGGGUCUGUCGCUUUUUCAAUGGGAGAGACGAUGGCUGCCCCACUCUGUUGCAAAACUCUGCGAACACCGAGCUAUCCACUGAUGUGAUGUGAUCUUUCUCAUUCAUUUUUCAAAAUAAAAGCCUGAAACUAUGUCUAAAGACUGUUGACACCUCGAGGAAGCCAUAGGAAAAGGAAUCUGGUUGAUAUCCCUUUAAAUGGAGGCAAGGCAUCCAAUGGAACAGAGAGCUUUCAGGAAAAACAGCACUUCCUGGUUUGAUUUUCUUCAGGUUUUCACCUGCAAUAUCAGUUCUGUUAUACUCAAAGACAAUAUUUUGACAGUUUUGGAAACGUUAGUGUUUUCUAUCCUAACCUGACAAUUAUAUGCAUAUUCUAGUUUCUGGGCCUGAUAAAUAGGCAGUUUCAAAUGGGUAUGUUUUUUUUUAGCCAAAAAUGAAAAUCAUGCCCCCUACACUCAAGAAGUUAAAACUCUUAUUUUUUUUCAACCACUCCACAAAUGUGUUAACGAACUAUAGUUUUGGCAAGUCGGUUAGGACAUCUACAAGGCAUGACAAGUCAUUUUUCCAAAAAUUGUUUACAGAUAGAUUAUUUCACUUAUAAUUCACAGUAUCACAAUUCCAGUGGGUCAGAAGUUUACACUAAGUUGACUGUGCCUUUAAACAGCUUGGAAAAUUCCAGAAAAUGUCAUGGCUUUAGAAGCUUCUGAUGGGCUAAUUGACAUCAUUUGAUUCAAUUGGCGGUGUACCUGUGGAUGUAUUUCAAGGCCUACCUUCAAACUCAGUGCCUCUUUGCUUGACAUCAUGGAAAAAUCAAAAGAAAUCAGCCAAGACCUAAGAAAAAAAUGGUUCAUCCUUGGGCGCAAUUUCCAAACGCCUGAAGGUACCACGUUCAUCUGUACAAACAUUAGUAUGCAAGUAUAAACACCAUGGGACUACGCAGCCAUCAUACUGCUCAGGAAGUAGACGUGUUCUGUCUCCUGGAGAUGAAUGUACCUUGGUGCGAAAAGUGCAAAUCAAUCCCAGAACAAAAGCAAAGGACCUUGUGAAGAUGCUGGAGGAAACCGGCACAAAAGUAUCUAUAGCCACAGUAAAAUGAGUCCUAUAACGACACAACCUGAAAAGCUGCUCAGCAAGGAAGAAGCCACUGCUCCAAAACCGCCACAAAAAAGGCAGACUACGAUUUGCAACUACACAUGGGGACAAAGAUCCUACUUUUUGGAUAAAUGUAUUCUGGUCUGAUGAAACAAAAAUGGAACUUUUUGGCCAUAAUGACCAUCGUUAUGUUUGGAGGAAAGAGGGGGAUGCUUGGAAGGCAAAGAACACCAUGCCAACCAUGAAGCAUGGGGGUGGCAGCAUCAUGUUGUGGGUGUUUUGCUGCAGGAGUGGUGCACUUCACAAGAUAGAUGGCAUCAUGAGGCAGGAAAAUUAUGUGGAUAUAUUGAAGCAACAUCUCAAGACAUCAGUCAGGAACUUAAAGCAUGGUCACAAAUGGGUCUUCCAAAUGGACAAUGACCCCAAGCAUACUUCCAAAGUUGUGGCAAAAUGGCUUAAGGACAACAAAGUCAAGGUAUUGGAGUGGCCAUCACAAAGCCCUGACCUCAAUCCAAAGGACAAUUUGUGGGUAGAACUGAAAAAGCAUGUGCGAACAAGGAGGCCUACAAACCUGACUCAGUUACACCAGCCCUGUCAGGAGGAAUGGGCCAAAAUUCACCCAACCUAUUGUGGGAAGCUUGUGGAAGGCUACCCGAAACGUUUGACCCAAGCUAAACAAUUUAAAGGCAAUGCUACCGAAUACAAAUUGAGUGUAUGUAAAUUUCUGACCCACUGGGAAUGUGAUGAAAGAAAUAAAAGCUGAAAUAAAUCAUUCUCUCUAUUAUUCUGACAUUUUACGUUCUUAAAAUGAAGUGGUGAUGCUAACUGACCGAAGACAGGGAAUUUUUACUAGGAUUAAAUGUCAGGAAUUGUGAAAAAACUCAGUUGAAAUGUAUUUGGCUAAGGUGUAUGUAAACGUCCGACUUCAACUGUAUCAAAUGGCAUCCUAUUUCCUAUAGAUUGUACUACAGGGCUCUGGUCAACUAGAGGGGUGGUCAAAUAUAGUGGACUAUAUAGAGAAUAGUGUGCUCAAGUCUACUACAUAGGAAAUAGUGUUCAAUUUGGGACGUGUAUAUACCAUUUUUCGUUUAGGGACCAACUGAAAUAUCUUUGGGAGACAUAGUAGUUGAAAUCAAGCUACAGUAUUUCUAUGCAGUGAACUGGGUGUUGGGGUACAGGGGAAUGAAUAAAUACUGAAAAGAGUUGCACAUUGCAAAUUGAUUGUUAAAAUGAAAGUUCAAGUUUUGCUUUUUCUAAUUGUGUUGAUUUGUAUUUUAUGAGUGUUGAAAUUAAAAAAUAAUGUGGUUUACAUUUUAAUACUUGAAUAAAAAAAUGUUUUGUUCUG